AUGCUUGACGCAUACUGUCCCCUUUGUGGCGUCAUCUUACAGACAUUUACUGGACCGCAACCUCCUGUAAAGAAACUUCCCUGGUUCGCCGAAACUCGUGCAGUAAGAUCGAUUCGAGGUACUUCGUCGCCUUUCGUUACCGGUGUAGGAUACCUUGACCCGCAUCAUGAUCUCAUUGUUCAUCCUGAUGAGACAACUCGAUAUUCUGAUACCAGCGAAGGAUUGGAAACGGAUCCGUUCCAUUACAGGUCGGGAGAUUACUGGGUUUUUCCCUUCCAUGAUGCCUGCUGGAGCCUCUUACUCAGUCGAACCGCCAAGCAAGGUCACGAUAGUGCUCAAGUGGCUAGGUCUCUUUUUCAGAUACUCUACUGCACUCCGUGGAACAGGUACUACACCGCUAUCGGUGAACAUGAUUACGGCGGUGCCUCUAAGUUCCAGAAAACUUCUGGAAACCCUGGCUAUUUGGCUCGAGUUCCUCCUGAGUGGUCAUUUCUGACAGCCGAUCCGCGAGAACAUCUCCCUGCAGACUACCUGGAGAGCAACCUCGUUGAAACAACCAUCGCCUCUAUGCCACGUUUGGAUAAGCCUAACAACACCGAUGUAUUCUGUUCACUUCCUGACGAAGUCGUCGUGCUCAUCCUGAAUGGGCUUACAUCGAUGGACGUCUGUAGUCUUCGACAAUCGUCAGACCGAGUCGCCAGUAUUAGCUCAUUCCACGAACUUCCCCAAUCAUUUUGGGCGAGCCGUUUCGAAGAAGAGCACGAAAUGGGGUUUGCUCUUGCCUGCCAGGCUUCCUCCGAGCUGGGAGGUUACAUUGAUUGGCGAAGGCUUUAUAUGGCCUUCAAAGACUCUCUCAGGGGUCCGAAUGAAAAGCAGGGUAUCAAAAAUCGAAGAAGGAUAUGGCACAUCCUGAGCAAUAUAUCCAGACCUCUCAAUGAUCUCAUUAGUAACGAGUCAGUCCAUCAAGGCGGCAAUGUGGGUAGCCAUCGGCUCUCUGGUCGCCACACCUGCAGUCCUGUCAUUUCUGCAGAAGUCAUUCCAGAAUCUCAUGCAACAGACGUUCUCCGAAUCGGCUCCAGAAAAUUCGGAUCCAGCUGGUUACAGUGGCCCCAAUCCGACAGCUCAGGCCAGAUAAAAAUCGGUGUCUCUUUUACGUGGUUUAAUGGAAGAUCAUACGUUUCAGGACUUCGAAUUUGGCCCACAUGCUUUUCUGGUGGUAGUGUCGUACCUCAAAAGCUAGGCCUGAUAAUUCCAUUGACAGAGGAAGUGGUGUGCUUCGAUCCUUGUCUUUUGGAUGGUUUGGAAAUCGCAAUUACAAUCUCUGGCAUCGUAGGUCUGAGGUUCUUAACCAACAGUAUAUCAGGGGUCUCUUCCCAUACGACGGGAGACUUCGGAAUGACAACACCAGAUGUUGGAGUUUCUAGGUUGUUUCGACAUCAUGAGAGCCGAAUAUUCGCUUUUGAGAUAGGUUUUGAUAUAUGCAAACUUGUUUCUCUUAAGCUUAUUGAGCAGAACUAUCGCAUUCCGGACUGCGGGACCGCAUCUCACGACGCGACUCAGAUGGUACCUAAAGCUCAGCAUGCAAGAGAACGAGCGGAAAUCUUUGGUAAAAUAUGGUCUCCAGGAGUCCCAGCGAGCAUGAACUAUAUUCAGUCAUUUCCCGCCGAGACAAAAUCCCAAAUGUUCAAUCUUCAAUUGAAUAUGGAUUUUUCUGGACCUGAUGGACGUCGCCUAUCGUCUCUCCAGAGAAUUGUUGCUCUUAUUCAGGGUUUCCCUAGUUCGUUCCGCGGACUAAAAUUUGUUUAUGACGAUAAUGAAAAGUCAUCCUUCUAUAUUGACGGUGCGGCUGGGGAGAGAGUUUCUGCAGUGACCGUAGGUUGCACAACAUCGCUCACUGGGAUAAGGUACAUCGAGGUUCAUACAAACAUGGGCAACCAUACUUUCUUUGGGCUAUACCACGAAUCAUCUUCCGAAGACUCCGUGGAUAAUUUCUCCACGCUAGAACCCCCCAAAAGUGCUGUGAUUACUGGUUUUGUAGCUGCAGUCGGCGUACUUGACGGAUCUUUCAAGACUUUCGGUAUCCAAAGCCAAGCGUUCAAGAACAUCAAGCCACAAUCAAUACCCACGUCCUUGAAUGGAUCACAGGGACUUUUAAUCCAGCGAAAACCUCCUGAAAAGGCAUUCACCGUCAUGGGAAAAGCUUACAUGCAAACCCAAGCGAGCCUAUCUAAUGUCCGCCAAAUCCGCAUCUCUGUUGGGGGACAUGGCCUUUCCAGGCUUUCUGAGCAUAUCACAGGGCUCUGGCUAGAUUACUACGAUACGGACAGACCAGGCAUCGUCGGUCAAUGGCUUAAUGAAUCGGGUGCUGUGAACUUUUCACCAGGAGAGCAACUCACGGGUAUCUUCAUAUGGACGUCUAAUGAGCACACGGCUGCCUACAGCGGGCACGCAAAGCUUGGUAAAGUAGUUGCGCUUCGUUUCGAUACGUCUGAUGGCCAAUCAUUGCAUUUCGGUCAGGAAUGUACUGAGGGCGCAGUUCGUUUAAAGUUUAUCGCGAACGCCUUCGAGAAAUUGGAUACUAUAUGCUGGGCGUCUAUGCCACGGUGGGAUCACGCGAUUGUCACAUAUAGCCCACAACAAAGCCAAGCCCACCAGGCUCUGCAUUUAGUGGGUUGUCGUAUCAACCCCUGGAUUGUUCCUGAAAAGAUCUUCUGCACAGCCAUGGAAACUGAUGGUAAUCCCAGCUCAGUGGUCUCCAUUCAUGUAUCACUUGUUCCUGACGCUGUCGCUGGCCUUUCAUUCUCUCAUAGCUCAGGCGCUAUGUACACGCUCGGAUCUAUGGAAGGAGAAACUUCGAUCUUAAGACUGGAGACUGGCGAAGGGCUGAUCAGGUUGGAUACAAUAUUAUCCGUAUUCGAUCGUGCCUUAGUCUCGGUAUCUAUCCAUACAAACUACAAGCGGACAGUUACCUUUCGAUCCCAGACGUAUUUUGAACCAAGAAUUCGGGCGGCAAUGCCACCUUCUUCCACCUCGCCGAUCCCCCCUAUACCCCCAAUGUUGCCAGUGGUGCGUUCUACCGACCCCGACUACGUCUUUAGUCUACACCCUUCCUCGGACUUAUCUGGAGUCGCUCAUAAAUACGAGACAUUCGAAUUUCCGAGCAACGCGGAAAGCUUCGUUGGGUUCUGGGGUAUAGUCGGAAGGCGGAAAAGGCGACUGCAAGAGAUCGGGCCAAUAUUCACCGGCGUCAAAAGGGGUUAG